AUCUAACCCUCCGCUAAUAGUAAACAAUGUGCUAGUUGAUAACAGACCUGUUUUGAUUAUAGACUCGUUUAGACGGAAACGGCGUUUAUCGGCUCUAGACCGUAUAAAAUAGAAGUGAAGAAUGGAAAAGUUUUCUACAAAAAUACGUCAGCAGAAGAAACCCGGAAAAGUGCAUGAAGAAAAGCAUGGCUACGAUUCUAUGAUCGAGAAUGGAACUGAUGAUGACUCGGAUUGCGAUUCCAUGAAACAAGGAAGAGACAGUGGAAAUGAAAGUGGUGGACGCUUCGUCAGGGCACCUCCGCCUAACGUAUCGGCGGAUAGAACAAAAAUGGGAGGCUCCAAGAGAAAAAUCGUUGCUCAUGAUGAGGCUCAUCAGCGCAAACUGAAGACAUUGAAGCAGCUUUAUAAACCCCCCACUGUAGAGGAGAUAAAUCGGCUGAAAGAAACGGAAAAUUAUUAUCAUUCAAAUUUGUUUCGGCUUCAAGUUGAAGAGAUGUUGAACGAGAUGAAGGUGAAAACGAAAGUGACCAAUUUCGUUGAUCGUUGGUUGGGCGACUUCCGCAAUUUCCUGCGAACCAUGAAAGAUGGUGAGAGCAAGAGAUCGUUGACUGAUGGAAAUUACCAGGGGAUCACAUUCCCCCUUACCUUUCCCAACGACGCUGAGUUUCUGGCCAAAGAAAACUUCAAAUUUGUGCAGCAGAGAAUUGUGCACCAGAUCGGUUCAUCUCGUCUGGGUACAUCCAUUGGAAAGCCUCUCGCGGUCGAUUUAGUGCUGGAAAUACCCGAUGGGUGCUUACGGAAGGAGGACUACCUCAAUUUGAGGUAUAAUUUUAAGAGAGCACAUUUUCUUUGCCAUUUGGCUGAAGGAUUGAUGAGUCAGACGAAGUACGCACUUGCUGAAAAAAUGACUUUCAAGCCGUUGAAGGGAAAUCCUCUUACACCAGUGCUGGAGCUUAUUCCGAAAGAGGAGAAGUUUGCCAAGCGAGUGAAAUUUGUUAUCCAUGCUGUUCCAGCCGAGAAGUUUUCCCCGAACCGUUUCGUUCCAGAAAAGAACAAUGUUCGUCCAGCUUUAAUUGGGAAAGAAACACCAGCCGAAGGCGAUCUGUGCCCAACUCCUCACUAUAACGCCUCUAUAAUGUAUGACGUGCGUCUUCUGAAAAAUCAAGAAAUCCUGGAAAAUACCAUCAAAUCGGAUCAUAUUCGCCAAGCGAUUAUAUUACUUAAGGUAUGGUUUCGGCAGCGGAACUAUGAUGUUGGCCUUCAUGGUUUCGACGGAGCACUGGUAACAUUUUACGUCGCAUAUCUGCUGCAGAACAAAAAAAUUUACACAACCAUGAGCAGUUAUCAAAUUAUUCGAUUAUUCUGGAAUCAACUAAUCAAUAGUACAUGGGAUACGACGGGUAUCACCCUCGAACCCAGUGCCACCGACUCCUUAUCGAUGUAUCUAAAAUUCCAUGAAGUCGUUUUUCUCGACAGCUCGGGCAUGUAUAAUAUUUGCGCUCAUCUAUCCGGCGAGUUGUAUCGUUUGAUAAAACAAGAAGCCGCUGUGGCCAUUCAGUUGCUGGACAACAACAAGCUCAACAGUUUCGUUCCCCUGUUCCUCAAUAAUUACCCUGUGUACACUCAGUAUGAUCACAUACUUAGUUUUGAAAAACCGGGCCUCAUUCCAUCCGUAGUCGAGACGUUCGGCACCGAUGAGGAUACGCUGAACUACUUCAAUGAUCCGUACAGUCAUUUUCGGAAAAUGGUUCAAAAGCUACUUCGGAGGGGACUUGGCCCAAGAGCGUCGUUCAUAGUGCCGGUCCAAAUUAAAGAAUCUGCCAAAUUGACGGUGACUUUCGGCAUUCUUUUGAAUCCGCAAGAGGCGUUCGCGACGGUGGGUAAGGGUCCGGAAGCGAUCGAUAAAGCCGCCUCGGACGAAUUUCGCGACUUCUGGCGUGGCAAGUCCGAGUUGCGACGCUUUAAGGACGGUUCGAUCACGGAAUCAUGCAGUUGGGGAACCAGCACCGAUCCUAUCGGAGAGAGACGUUUGAUUUGCAGGAAAAUCGUUCUCUUCCUACUAAACGCCCAUUAUGAUAUUCCCGAAACAAUGGUUACAUACUUGGCUCAGCAGUUUGAGGUUUCCAUCAAACCGCUGGACAGAGAAUUGAAGGAAUUGCACGAAACGGUAGAGGAACGUGCUCUGGCUUGUAUCCGUGCGUUCGAUGAGUUGAGCAAAGUGCUGAAAAAUCUGGAUGAUCUACCGUUGACCAUAAAUGCAUUGAUGGGUACGGAUGCCCUGUUUCGCUACUCGGAUCCCGAUCCUCCCAGUGCUACUGCCAAGGCGUUGCUCGUCAACGAUCAGCUAUUGUUCUUAGCUUCCCACGUGGUGAAUGCAACGAUUCAGCUGGAAGCCAGUGGUAAGUGGCCAGAUCAGCUGGAACCGAUCCGGAUGUUGAAGGCUGCCUUGUACCUGAAGAUAGCCGACGCAAUCAAGGCGUAUGCCGGUAGCACGGCGGAACUCGUGCCACAGGCCUGCGCAGACUAUCUGGAUGUUUUGUAUGCCAAAUAUGUUUUCCGUUUCCGCAUUGUACACCAGCGCGAGAUCAGCAUCUUGCGGGAGUACAUUUCCAGCAACAAAGUAACGCGUUUGUAUCGCGAUUCGGACCAGAGCAUCCAGCUGGAAAUGCAGGCAACGAUACUGCCCAAGUUAACCAGCAUCUUACACGGUCUGCAUCAGCAGUAUUUCUCCUUUGGGUCCGUCGCAGCCAUGGCCAAGCGAUGGCUGUACUCGCAACUAAUCGACUCGUUCCUGUGGCCCGACGAAUGCACCGAACUUAUUGUGGCGGCGUUGUACUUGCGACGGGUUCCGACGCUCCAGCCGCAAGCGGGCUUCCUCCGGUUUCUUCACUAUCUAGCUAAAACGGACUGGAACCGAGAGUUGAUUCUGCUUAAUUUCAAUGAUGAAAUCCCGGACGAGCGAGUGGAAGAGCUGGAGAAGCAGUUUGUCGAGAACAGGGACAGCUUUCCACCGUUGGCCAUUGUGACGUCUUGCGAUGCGGACAAGUAUGGAUUGUUCGCCAGAAGGGCGCCUAGCCAGGAAGUGCUCAAUCGUGUUGUGUUCUUGGCGCGGCAUGUUAUUUCGUUGAUCGAAGAAAAUAUGAAGAAUAUUCGGAAUCGUGUGCAUAUAUUUUAUCAACCAUCCUAUACCGGAUACGAUUUAAUCAUACACUUGGAUACCACGAUUGUCCCAGAGAUUGGAAUCACCAGUUUGGAAAAUCUCAAGCAGCGCAAAAGGGAAGUUCUCUUCGAAGCAGAAACGAAAGAACCUGCGGCUGGUUUCAAUCCGGUGCUGUUUUACCUUGCGGAGUUGAGAGACUGUUUUCGGAAGAUCGCAUUGUUUUUCUAUGAUCCAUGUGGCGGGGACCGGAUUGCGGUACUGUGGAGACCGGAUACAAUGGAAGGGAUGCCUUUUACGACAUCGAACAUCAAUGGAAGGGUACAUGCUGCGGACAACAUUUUGAAAUUGAACACGGAGGCGCUUGUUCACGAUUUCGAAAUACUCGGCAAAGGAUUAGUACGGAGAAUAGAAACGAAACCUUAGAUACAAAAUAAAUAUUUAUUUUUAUUUUUUUCGA